UUUGAGUCUUUUUUGUCAUAGUACUCAAAUAUUUUCAUAACAUUCGUCUGAUGUCACGCACUUUGAACGCGGGAGUUGGUGGAAAAAGUCGGCCAUGUCUGAUCUGCUCGCGUCGAAUGAGAAACGCGGAUAAAAGUUUUUCACCUGUGAACAACUCGGAUAAUUUUCGAAGCUAAAGCAGAAGAGGACAUAUCCUUAGCGUUAUAGGGCUGCCAGUGAAGAAUUUUCGGGUGAAACGUGUCGAACUUUCACCACUGUGCUGACUGCAUUGAACGCCAUUAUCCUGAUUUUCUCUCUGACCGGGCUAAUCUGGUGAGUUAACUAAGGUUAUGUGUUGAUAUUUAAGUGUUGUGUUUUAUUAUUUUCUUUUUCAAAUGCAUUUAGAGUCUCAGCAGUUAAGUUUGCACGCAUAUGAGAUCGAGUGAAUGAAGGCAUAUUGUAUAAACGUAACAGUAUAUUAAAAAGUGGAAGGCAUUGUAUAUAGAUUUUUUUUUAUUCACAUCUUAGACUGGAAAUUUUGUUGAGUGAAUCUACUUCUCAUAAAUUCAACUUUUUGUUAAUUCAGAUUCUGAUGCAUCUUUAAUUGUCAUGCAUGUUCGGGCAUGUUUUGUUAGAACUACUGUAGCUAACUUAAUUAGUGCAUAGAGGUUUUACUAUAAUUUGAUGCAAAAACAUCAGUGUUAUAAUCGGAGUGUUUGCAUAUUUGUGAAACAUGUUAAUUAAAAACAUUUUGGCUAUAGUAAACAGCUAAGUAAAGAACCUGAAAAUCAAUACGUGAAACAAAAGCGCGCGGUCAAAAAUUAACGGACCUCUUCCGACUGUCUCGAUUCUGAACUUGAUAGUGUAGAAUUAACUUUUAAUAUAUAGUUUAGUAGUGUAUAGUAAGCUAUAUGUAGGGUGUUUUGUAUUUCUUAUCAGUCAUGCUAAUCUUUUAAUAUUCUCUCUUCAGGCUAAAACUGAAGCAACUGAUUGAUGAUCUGUUCUCUUCAUAUACGUAUAUUUCAUAUUGUUACUAAAAUGUGAUUUCCAAUGGCUUGGAGGUGCAAACUUUGUGCUGCUGUCUUUGAUAAACGAGUACAGUUACUUGGACACUGUCGUUUGCAUCAUAGCAGUUUUUCCCUUGUCAGUCCAUUACCCUGUCUCUAUGAUGAUUGUGUCUGCACAUUUCUUUCAGUAAAUGCUUUGAAAAUUCACUUGACACGGUCACAUUCUGAGGCAGUUCUGCAUAGUGAAAAUCAGGUGGGAUGUGCGUCAUUCAUAUGUUCAUUGUGUGGAUUCAAGCAACCAUUUAAUGAUGAUACUCUUCUUAGCCAUUUGAGAACACAUUUAAAACGGCACGAGAUGGUGGAAUGUCCAUUUAAAAAUUGUCACUACCGUUCUAAUGUGUAUUCCUCCUUUAAUGCACACAAAAGUAGGAAUCAUCCAGACUGUGAUGUCUCAGAUUUUAAAAAUGACAUUGUUUUGAUAAAUACUGACAACCACUUGGUGCAGAGUCAGGUUGAAUGUGAUGAGGCUGAUCCCUCUCAGGCCUCUCCUGAGCUUGAUGCUCCUGGGUAUAAUCAGCCAGAUCUUAGUUAUGACUGUAGUGAAUUGCAAGUUCAGUUGAGAAAUAACUUGUCUUGUUUGUUCUUGAAAAUGCACAGUGUUCUUCAUGUGUCGGAGAUGGCUAUACAAGACAUAGUUGAAAAUUUGAUGCAUAUCUUCUCAUUGUCCCAACCUCUUGUGAGAGAGACUAUUGUUAGAGUUUUGCAAGAGCAUGGUCAGUCUGUCAGUGAUGCCUCUCUUAAUAAAUUGGUGGAUGCUCUCAUGAAAAGUAAUGUCUUUGUCAGUGCUACUUUGGAAGGUGCAGAGCUCUCCACUGCUAAGAGGAGGAAAACAUUUGUGAAGAGUAACUACCCUCUGGUAUUGCCAGUGCAGUAUACUCUAGAUUCCAGUGGACAUACAGCAGUGUAUAUUCCAAUACUACACAUGCUCCAAACAAUGUUUAAAAACACAGACCUUCUUGACAAGAUUCAAGAAGUUAAACCCUCGCUGCCUGGGUUGUAUGCAUCCCAUGAAGAUGGAACGUAUUUCAAAGAAAAUCUGUUAUUGUCGCAGGCGGAAGAGCUGAAAUUAUCACUGAUUUUGUAUGUUGAUGACAUUGAACUGGCUAAUCCUUUAGGCACAGCUAGGAAGAUCCACAAGCUUUUUGCUGUCUAUUGGUUGCUUGCCAAUAUACCAAGUCAGUAUAGGUCCAACCUACAUGUCAUACAGUUAGCUUUGCUGUGCAAAGUACCUGACCUGCAGAAGUGUGGUUAUGAAAGUGUUCUGUCACCUUUGUUAAAGGACUUGAGCACUCUUGAGCAAGAUGGCAUUUUCAUUGAAACCCUUGGACACUGUGUCAGGGGAACUGUUUUUUGCGUUGCAGCUGAUAAUUUGGCUGCCCAUGGUCUUGCAGGCUUUGUGCAGUCUUUUCGAGGACCAUAUGUCUGCAGAUUCUGUUGCUGUACAGUAGAUCAGAUACAGUCUACUGAAGUUUCUGAAGGAGAGUUCAGUGUGAGAACAAGAGCUUGUCAUGAUCUUCAUGUACAGAAUGUUGUGCAAGGCGAAAAUGCAAGUCAUCUUGGUGUUAAGGGUAGCUGUGUUCUCAGGAACACACUGCAGCAUUUUCAUCCCAUUACAGGUUUCCCACCCGAUGUACUUCAUGACCUGUUUGAAGGUAUUGUACCAGUUGAACUGGCGUUGUGCAUCAGUGAGAUGAUUCACCUUAAGUAUUUCACUCUUGAAUUUCUGAACACAAAAAUCCGCACAUUUCCGUAUCAGCACUCGGACAGGCUUGAUAAACCACAACCAAUCCCGAAGAACUUUGCAGCUAAACUAAGCAUUGGUGGGAAUGGGCAUGAAAAUUCCACUUUACUGAGGUUAUUGCCACUCAUGGUGGGAAGUAAAGUUCCUGAAGGAGAUGAAGCAUGGGCCUUAUUGAUGGAUCUGAAAGAAAUUGUGCAGCUGGUGUUGUCUCCAUCUUUCACAGAGGAAUCCAUCCAGUACAUGCAGACUAAGAUAAGUGACCACAGACAGAGCCUUCAGGCAGUGUUUCCUUACUUUAAGCUCCGACCCAAACAUCAUUAUAUUGAGCACUACCCAGAACUAACAAAGUGUUUUGGGCCUCUGGUUCACCUAUGGACCAUGAGGUUUGAGGGAAAACAUCGUUUUUUUAAAAAGGUUAUACAUGACACACAGAAUUUCAAGAAUGUCUUGAAAACUCUUGCUACCAGACAUCAGCACAUGAUGGCGUAUCAUCUCAGUGCUCCAUUAUUUUUCAAACCCCACACACACGCCUCAAGUGUCACCUCUGUCUAUGUUGCCACUUUACCAGAAGUGGCAAAAGACUUCAUACAGACAAAGACAGAUAGGGAAAACAUAUACAGUACCUCAAAGGUCACCAUAAAUGGAACAGACUAUGCAAGUGGAAUGUUAGUUUCUGCAGGCCAGGCAGGUGGACUUCCAAAAUUCAGCAGGAUUGAAAACAUACUGCUUGUGAACAACACUGCUUCCUUCCUUUGCAGGAACUAUGAAUGCUGGUACAGUGAGCACUUGAGGUCUUUUGAGCUGACGUCAUCAGGCAGCUUCUCUGUGUAUCAGCUGUCAGAGCUAAAUGACACACAAAGUCUAACAGCAUAUAAUAUUGAUGGGCAUUUGAUAUUAACACAAAAAAGGUCUGUUUUGAUCAGAGACUUAAAUUGAAAUGUUUCUUCAAGUGGGAACCUUGUUCUGUUUGUUCAUUAAAAGAAAUGAAUAAGAUUUGUAAAAAGAAAAAGAAUACAAAUCACAAACAUAAAAUAUCACUCCACACCAUGACUACUUUUACGUAUUGCGAGCAUUAUGCAUUUGAGGUAAAUGAUGAUUGCAAAUUGCUUAAUUUUUUUUGGAACAAAUUGAUUGUUAUUAAUGUUACUCAUUGAUCCUGUCCCUCUAUUUUUUUUUUUUUUUUUUUUUAUAGAAAAUGGCAGCUCAAAACUUCCUGCUUCAUAUCCAUAUUUCCACAGACAUAGUCAGGAAGAUGACUCUGUCUUCACGGCCACCAUCUGUGGACGAGCUAAAAACAAUGAUCAAAGAAAAGUUUAAGCUAGACUUUGACUUUAGCUUAUCAUACCAAGAUCCAGAUUUCGACGGGCAGCUUUGUUCACUUCUAGACAUUGAAGAGCUUGCACAGAAGGUUGUGCUAAAAGUUAUAAGAUCUGAGACUGACGCCAGUUCAGUAGCAUCAGAUGGCACAAUAAUAUUGCCCCAUGCCAUUACUCCAGACAGGACUGAGAGAUGGCCUGAUGUUUUUCCAGUGCCUACUUUUUCAUAUGAGGUAGAACUCAUUCUUGGUGAAGGAAAUGUUGCAUACGAGAGAACAGGGAAAACUCUCAAAUUAUCUAGGGGACAAAAACAUGACAUCCUCGAGACCCUUGCAGCUAAAAUGCACAGCUUUACAGCAUACCCCAAUGAUAAGGACGUUUCAAUGGUAACAGAAGCACUUGUCACUCAGCAUCCUUGUCUAACAGAGCCAGGAUCUCGGACUGGAUGGUAUGGUUGGAAAAAUAGUCUGAAGUUUAAGAUGGGGAACUACCGCACCAAGUUAAGUCGGGCUGGCUUUCACGAGGUGGCUGUAAAUUCUGGAAAGAGAAGCAGAAACAAUCCAGACAAACACGCUUCCCAUACUAACAUUAAAAGACCAAAGAGGGCAGAAGUGAAUUUCCUUCCUAAUUUCCCUAGAGGUGAAGAUCCUGCAAGCCUUGAACAAUUGCGGCUGCAAAUUGUAGAUCAAGUUCAGAUGAAUGAGAGAAAUCUUCCCCUGAUCACAAAGUUGAUGCAAACCACCUUUGCACUGCGGCGGAAAGAGGUCAUCGGUGAUGAGCUACCCGUUGGUGAGAUUCUUGACCGUUGGCCUACCCUUAAAAUGGAAUCUCAGAUCUGUGCUGAAUUCCAUAGAAUCACAAACAUGAAUCUGAAGAACCACUUCUAUGCUGUGUUGGACCAACAUGCCCCCCGUCUUCAGAGUUUAUUCAGGAAGAAGGCUGCUCACACAGGGAGAGUAGCUGAGGUUCUGGAUCAGCUGUUCAGGAAUUAUGACCUUCAGGAACAAGUUGACGUUCAUGUGAGACGUGCUGCUGUCCUUCGUGCACUCCCUGCAUAUCUACAUGAGGAUGACUCAAGAUUUCUGAAGCUGUGGGAUGUGGCGCAGUCUGAUGAACCUGACAUUGAUGACAUAACAGUUGCACUCCUCUUAAUCAACACCAGUUCAACAGAUGCCAAGUUCUUCUGCCCAGAAAGGAUUGCGGUUGUGUUAGAGGGUAAUGUAGUAAUUGAUUGCACCACCCUGGCUGAUGGAUUUGUCAUACUUU